UGGUCAUUGAUUGUGUCGCCCAGUUUGCAGAGGUUCCCCGGAAUGAUAUGAUUUAUCAAGAACCCAAUACCACCGCUGAGUUAAUGUGUAUAUUAUUAGGUUUUCGCAAGGAGGCAGUUGCAAUCCCUGCAGAUGUUGAAGAAAUGCUCAUGCAAGUGAAUGUUCCUGAGUCUGAUCGAGGAGCUUCAAGAUUUCUGUGGUGGCAGGAGGGGGACAUGUCGAGAGAACCGUCUGAGUUUCAUAUGACAACUCAUGCAUUUGGUGUCACAUCAUCGCCGUUUCGUGCGAACUUUGCUUUGAAUAAAACGGCCCAAAUAUUCUCUGACGAUUAUGAUAGUUAUGUCGUAGAUACUGUCAAGAAUAAUUUCUAUGUCGAUGAUUGCUUGAUAUCUAUUCCCAGUUGUGAUCAAGCAAAGAGUUGCGUUAAGCAUAUAAGUGAAUUUAAGAACAGCAGUGAAGUAGUAAGUCAUGAUGAUCUGAAAGGUUUAUCGGUGAUGAUGCUUGAUGGGUUACUCUGCGUUGGAGGUCGACUAAGAUACUCAGAUUCCCCAAAUGCUUUUAAACAUCCAGUAAUUUUACCCAGUCGACACUUAGUGACGGAAAUGAUUAUUAGACAUUGUCCUAAAGAACAAGGACACAUAGGAAGAUCAUUAGAAAAGGGGUAUGGAUAUGUGUUUUCUUGUUUGCAAACAUGGGCAGUACAUAUUGAAAUGAUGUGUAGUUUGAUUACUGAUUCAUUUAUAAUGGCCUUAUUACGUUGUAUUGGAAGAAGAAGGAAACCUCCGGAGAUUUACAGUGACAGUGCGUCAAGCUUCGUGUGGGCAGUUUCUGAGUUAAGGAAGUUUGUGCAACCGUCGAAUCAGCAGAAGAUAAAUAGUGAAUUGUCAGCGAGGCCCUCAUCCAACAGCAUGGGUGGAGUUUGGGGAAGAGUGACUAAGUCUAUACCACGAGUGUUAUUGUUGGACACCAGAGAGCAAGUGAAACAGGUCUCUUUGAAGCUUCGGAUUAGUCUUUGUUGUUAUUAAUGUAGGUAGGUCGAGUAGGCGUACUGUUGUAAGUCCUACUCGUUCCUAUAGUGUGAUAUGUUAUAUAAUGAACCAUGAUCGUAGGCAUCAAGGUAGCUUGUGUGGUAUGGAGGGAUUUUGGGGGCCGGUGUAAGAUCCAUUUUGAACGUUUUAUGUGUUGGUGAAAAUCCCUCCAUGUAUAUACUUGUACUUUGUUCCUAUUGAUUCCCUUAGUUGUACAUUGUUGUAUUUUGAUUACAUUUGAGUUGUUAAUACUUGUAUUUUUUAUUAUAGUUUUGUUUUUCUUACGCAUGCACUAAGUUUGUGUUUCUUCCUGAACUGCAUCUGUGUUGUUUUACUUGACACUUAUUCUUGGCGGUAGCCAUAUUGAUUUGUUCCUCCUGUUGUGUAUGAUCUAUCCAGCCAGGAUAGAAUAACGUUGAUUUGUUGUGAUUGGUAAUUUUUCCUCAUCUUCUAUCAACUUCUUUAUUAUUGUAAUUUAGAUUUAAUUGAUUGAACAAUCAUUGGUUGAAUAGCCGGGUGAUAAUAUUUGUUUAGGUAAUGAUUUACAUUAAAUUUAUUAUGAAUUAUAGAACCGCUAGUUACCCGAUUACUUGUUCUGAUUUCGACGGGAAGGGCGCGUAUCUAACAUCCUCUAUCGGCUAUUCUUCAACAUCCAAACCGUAGUUUGGAUUCUACAGUGGUCAUUCCAGAUAGUUCGCCUUUUGGCUUCGUUUUCACUAUUAGAAGCAUGGUUUACAUGUGCACAAUGUUCCUCGAAUUGUUAUACUUAAUCUCUGGGUUAAAAAUUCACUUGUUGCAUCAUCUCUUAAUUGUAGUGCAUGAAUGGGAUUUCUUAUUCACUAUCUGUAUGUCGUCUAUUCUAACCUUUGUGAUCACUUUAAAGAUGUAUUCGGAGUUUGACAACGCCUUUACUAAUAACACCUUUAUGAUCUAAGUAUGCCAACCUGGUCAAAUCAGAAGUCAGAAGUGAAGAGGUUUCGAGUUACAUUUGAAAAGCUGUCGAUAUCUCAUGAAGCGUUUGGUCUGAUCUAGCUAAUGUUUGUAGUAGAUGAGUAGUACGAUGUAUCUACUCAUGAUCUGGUGUUGAUGUGUGACCGGGCGCCUUCAACUAGAUGUGCCGCGUAAAACUAAUGUGUUCAGCAUCGAAUGUUCAAGACUUACAGAAUCAAUCAUUUUGGGGAUUUGUUUAAUGUUAAAAUAUAUAUGCUUAUAA